UUAUAUGAAUAGGAAUAGAAUAGAAUAGUGUUUUGACUCCUUAAUUGUAGCUCGCUAACUUCAUGGCUUUUUCUCGGUGGCGUUUGUGCUCCUGGUAGAGUUGACCAGAUCGUUGGGCGAGGGCCAUCCAUGACAGAUAAGGACCGAACCAAAGGACCUGCCGAAGGGGAGCUUCCUGAAGAUCCAAGUAUGAUGGGCCGACUUGGAAAGGUGGAAAAGCAGGUACAGUCCAUGGAGAAGAAGUUGGAUUUCCUGGUCAACAUCUACAUGCAACGGAUGGGGAUCCCACCAACAGAAACCGAAGCCUACUUUGGGUCUAAAGAACCUGACCCAGCACCACCCUAUCACAGCCCAGAAGACAGCCGGGAGCAUAUCGACAAAAAUGGCUGCAUCAUCAAGAUCAUUCGCUCCACAAGUUCUAUGGGACAGAAGAAUUUCUCUGCUCCACCUGCUACAACCAUGCCAAACAACAACUGCCCUCCUUCGACCUCCUGGCAGCCCUAUCAGCGGCAAAGCCAUGGGACCUCCCCGGUCGGGGACCCUGGUUCUCUGGUUAGGAUCCCGCCACCACCUUCACACGAGCGCUCCUUGUCCGCCUACAGUGGCGGGAACAGGGCCAGUGCCGAGUACGCCAAGAAUGAAGACGUUACCGCCAAGCAUCCCGAGAGCGGCUUGAGGGACAGCGACACCUCCAUUUCCAUCCCGUCAGUGGACCAUGAGGAACUGGAGCGUUCCUUCAGCGGGUUUAGCAUUUCUCAGUCCAAAGAGAACUUGGACGUCCUGAACAACGGUUGCUACACAGCUGUGGCCAAAAUCAGACCUUACAUUGCAGAAGGCGAGUCAGACACAGAUUCUGACCUCUGCACACCGUGUGGGCCCCCGCCAAGAUCAGCCACGGGUGAGGGACCUUUCAGUGACAUGGGCUGGUCCACUCCUAGACAGUGAAGCGGCGGAAGGCCGCCUGAACACAACGCCACGAGCACGGGCCAGUCCUGCUGUCCACAGUGAACUUCAGGUGUCCGAGAGCUCAUGUUCUGUGACGGAGAAGUUGUGGAUGUUUCUCCAGGGCUCGCUCUGGGAGUGGGAGAGCAGACGCUGCGCCGCUUGUCUACAAAGAGGGCGCUGCGGUGAAUGAUUUGAAGCCUUGACAAGUCUGGAUUUCUUUCUUACUGUCUUUCUAAAAUAGGCAAAACUGUUACCUUACUCCAGGGUAGGUAGCCACAACUGUUGGUGGACAUUUAAGCUUAGAGGGCACAGACAUCGCUUACGAGAGUGGCAGGGAACAAUUUUUACCAAGAAGAGGGAAUGGCACUGAGCUAUCACACACACCAGUGCGAAGGUGUCGCGGGGGAACCUGUCACUCAUUACGCCUUGGGAGUGGGGGGAACAGAUCUGUCCUGUGCUGUGACAAACGUGCUUUAAUUAUAAUGACAGAAAAAAUAGCAAUAGGACCCGACAGGGGUUGUACAAGGGGUGGUUGGUGUCCAGAG